UUUUUUUAUCCCCGGUGUCAUCCGCUCCCAACUCUGGGAUGGUGAACGGCUCCUCGCGGCUCCAUGACUGGAAGAUUACCCGUUCCAUCUCCACCCCGUCAGCCCUACUAGGCUGGCAUCCAGGGUUCUGAUUGGUGGAGAAGCAUGGAGUGGAGAUCGUGGUCAGGCAACCAUAUUCUGGCCAAUGGAGGGAGAGGAUGGGGGUUUGUUUGGUUUUGUCUGUUUGCUGUUCGUCCCGCAGAACUGGCAUCCUUUUCCAUCUUAUUCUUCUGUAGUAGAUCACACGCACUUUGCAAGAUCCACAAGGAUAUUUAUAAACCAGGGGCCCUCCGCAAACUAGGUAAACAUCGGUUACAGGAUGACUCUAUAUACUCGAUACAUAUACCUUCUGGCUUAUUUCCAGGCUAUAUAUCUCGAAGACUGUCGCUGCAACUGUUGCAUUAAGUUACUUGAAUAUAAAAUGGACUUAAGGAGGCCUACACAUAAAUA